AUGCGCACACAAACAGACAUGGCGCUGCGUGAAGGAGCUCUCCGUUUAAACCUGCUACUCAACAGCCGUACUUUCUACAAAUUCAACUCCUCUGUUGGUGUCCGGUCGUUGUCGGACAAUGUGUUAUCUAAACCUGUAACAUCCAGUGCUCCAGAGAUCGUGGGUGACCAUAUAAUCUACACACAAGAGCACUUUGCAUUAAAGGAGUCCCUCAGAAAGAUCAUUGACCAGGAGAUCAACCCCCACGUGGAGCAGUGGGAAGCAGAAGGCAUAUUUCCAGCCCAUAAAGUCUUUAAGAUCUUAGGAAGUGCUGGCUUUCUCGGGGUCAACAAACCAGUUGAGUAUGGAGGCUUGGGUCUGGACUACAGCUACAGUGUGGCAGUUGCAGAAGAGCUGGGCCACAUCCGCUGCGGAGGCAUCCCCAUGGCGAUCGGGGUGCAGACUGACAUGACAACUCCUGCACUGGCCAGGUUUGGCUCAGCUGAGCUAAAGCAAGAGUUUCUCCUUCCCUCCAUCAUGGGGGACAAAGUGGCGUGCCUCGGAGUCAGUGAAGUCGGAGCCGGCUCUGAUGUCUCAAGUAUCAUGACCAAGGCAGUGAGAAAAGGCGAUGAAUAUGUGAUCAACGGGGGAAAGAUGUGGACCACCAACGGUACCCAGGCUGACUGGAUAUGUCUGCUUGUCAACACCAGUGACGGCCCCCCACACAGGAACAAGUCCCUCAUCUGUGUGCCCAUGAACCUGCCAGGAGUACAAAUCGCUCGCAAGAUUGAGAAACUCGGCAUGUGGUCAUCGGAUACGGCUGAAGUGUUCUUCGAUGACGUUCACGUGCCCUGCAAGAACAUCAUUGGCCAGGAAGGCAUGGGCUUCACCUAUCAGAUGCUUCAGUUCCAGGAAGAGAGGCUCUGGGCAGUGGCCAAUAUCUUGACCAUGAUGGAGAACGUCAUUCAGGAGACCAUCCAGUACACGAGGCAGAGGAAGAUCUUCAAUCGGCCGGUCCUCCACCACCAGUCGGUUCACUUCAGGUUGGCCGAGCUGCAGACUGAGGUGGAGCUGCUGCGCGCUCUCCUGCACAGCGCUACAGCAUUGUACAUUAAAGGCAAUGACGUCACCAAGCUGGCAUCCAUGGCCAAGUUAAAGGGGGGCCGCCUGGCCAGGGAGGUGGGCGACAGCUGCCUCCAGUUUUGGGGAGGAAUGGGCUUCACCAGUGACGUGCUGGUCAGCAGAUUUUACAGAGAUUCCAGGUUGAUGUCGAUUGGUGGAGGCGCUGAUGAGGUUAUGCUGGGAAUCAUCUGCAAGUACAUGGACACACUUCCCAAGAAAUGAUGCAAUCACCACCUACUGUACUGCUGAUAUUGUGCUAAUCACUUACAAUGAACUGCUUAACACAAACACCCAAGUGCAGUAUGUUAAGAUGCUUGACUUAUGUAAUGUUAGUUUUGCAUUUUGCCUUUUAUUGUUUUGACUGAACUGUAUGUAGUUCAAAAGACAUUUAAACACAGAAUAAUGAAGCUCCUGUUUUGUUUUCAUGAACAUAUCAAUGUUAACUUCCUAAUUGUAUUGCUAUGUGAUGAGUCAGUUAAAAGACUAAAUCUAUUUUUAUAGAAUAGGCGAAGAAAAAUAAUGUGCUACAACUUGUACAAUAAAUAUCCCAAGAAAUAAUAUGCCUUUUGUUUGUGUGUCAACGACAAAUUUAUAAAAAUAAUAAAAUUACCAGUUCAAUUUUG